AUGUCAAACAUUUCAUCAACCACCCAACUACCAAUCUCCACUGAUAACACAGCUGAUGUGCUAUUCGGAUAUUUGCUCUGGAUUGUGUUAUUGGUAACUGUUAUAGGUGUCAUUGUGUCAGUACUGAUUUUAUCAAGGAAAAAUAAUUCCGUAUCAGAUCUCAGUUACGAUGAUUUACAAGAAAAUACAACAGAAGAUAUAUUUGGAAAGUCAUGGGAUUUCGAAACGUCGCUUUCGUCAAUGGAUGGUCCCGUUGAUAUCAAUGAUACUGGUGUCCGUUUGAAUUUCAAGAACUAUGGACAAAAUCCUGAAGAAGAAUCCAAGCUCUACUUACAUUGUAGUGUUCAUGACAAUUUCAAGCUUUUAGCAUCAAAAUUAAAUGUGAACAACGAUCAAAUGCUUGUAUCGCCUGCUGUUGAACUGACUUUAUUAUCAAAACAAUAUUUAAAUGGUUAUAUGGUGAUAGAAAUACCGGUCUGUAAAUUAAAAACGUUUGAAUCUCUUCGCGUUCACUGGAUUGCCACGCCUCUCACCUCCUCUCUGACGAAAAAAGACAUUCCAUUUCAGAAGGAUCCCGCAUCUUCUGCUUUAGACUGUUAUUACACGUGGUCAGAUAAUGGAACAGUCCUGGUUUAUACCAAUCAUUUCUGUCUUUUCUUCUGCUCGUGCUUUAGAUCCGAUAUUAGAUUCGAACUCUCGGCACAGAUAUGUGCUCGUGUUGGACAAAUUGACGGGUUCCCCACAUUGAAAGUCAAAUUCAUAUUCCUAGGAAUACAAAACAGGCUGAAGAAUAGACAGGAAGAUGAGCUGGAAUCGGAUAUCAAGAACGGUUUUCAUGUGAUUGAAUAUGGUGAAAUCAAGCUGUUAGAAAAACAGAAUUCUAAGAAGAAAAGGGGGUUUCUGAGAUGCAGUAUUGAUAUACUGAUGGGGGACAACUGUCCUAAGUGGGAGCACGUGAAACGAAAAAGGAACCAAAGUUCAAUCUACCGAGUUGUGCAGGAAGGGGAUCAAUGUCCAAUUUACCAGGCUGUGCAGGACGUGGAUGUUGCAGAACUCAUGAAACGUUGGCAUAGAGAGCACGAACUAUGUCACUGUAUGACAUGGUACAUGAAAUGUGAGAAGAGAUACAGUCACAGACUACCCAUUGUGGUCGAUGUUACACAUUCAAGUCAUGAUGGUAAAAGGCAUCUGGACACAACGUUCACCAUGGAAGUUGAUAUCACCACUGGACCCGACAAGGUUCAUGACCAUAAUGACGUAUCGGGGGACAGACUUCUGAAACCACCACAUGAAAGCAGGGAGAGUGAGGAAGUCGACAGUGAACAUCCGUAUGAUAUGAUACCAAUCAUCCCGACAGAGACCGCCUUAUCACAUCAAUUACCAACACGAACGAACAAAGGUCGUGCCGAGACGGGAGUCCGUAACAACACCGGCUUUUUAUAUAUUGAAACGGAGCAAGAAAGCCAGCGAAAUACACCGGACAUGACGUAUGAUUGUCCAGAUUAUAUGUCCACCGGGAGCAAUUAUGCUUCAAUGAACGCUCCUGUCAACGGGCUUAACAGAAGUAAAGGAAUAACAUCUGUAUCGCCUUAUGCCUCAGCAAAUGUCAGUGAUAGAUCCAGGAGACAGCACUCACGCCACAGUAAUAAUAUUCUUGUGAACAAUUCGUCGAGUAAUAAGCAGGCUGGUGGAUCACGUGAUCACAAUGGUUCACGUGGUACAUCAAGCUCACCUAUCAUUAACUCUGAAACAACAGAUAGACAUCUCCACGACCCCAAUGACCGACCUCCUACCAUAGGCGCAUCGAAUGACCCAGAUGAAACAAUGAAAAAGCAAAUUGUUGAUGAUGAGCAGACAAUUGCAAACUCUACAGUCAGCGACAGUCUCACGAACGGGAACAAUGAAACAAUAACUUUCGUUUGAAAAACAAUUAACUCACUUUUCCUUGUCUCAUCACAACAAUUGAGACAACUUUAGUCAAAAUUAGACAAUUUUCUUUUGUCAUAGACGCAUUACGGUAGUUUUUACUGAUAUUAAGAGUGCAAUAGUAUAGAAGAUCGUAAUGUAUUAUGCAGAAUGUACAAACAUAAUUCGUAAUAGUUCGCUUAAAAACUUA